AUGGCAUCGAAAAUAAAACGGGAUCUCCGCAAAACUAAGAAACUAAUUAUUCGUCGAAACAACAUACUUGGCUCAGCGAGAUUGAUAAAGGUUUUCGAUACUAACUACGUGCAUGAAACUGAUUUUCCUCAAUUGAAGUUCCGCAUUGAGAAGCUGGAUUCUCUCUGGGACGAGUUUAAUGAUGUGCAAGCUGAGAUAGAACUAGAUCAUGAGGUUACUGAUGAGAUUGCUGAAGAAAGAGUGUCGUUUGAAGAAGUUUACUUUCAACUCAAAGGAUCUUUGACCAGUAAGCUCGUAAAUGUGACCCCAUCGACCACCUCUAUGUCCUCAUCGCCUGUCGCCCCACCUACACAGACCUUCAAUGUCCGCCUCCCGGAACUUAAAAUACCAGAGUUCAAGGGAGAUUUCGAUGAAUGGAUGAACUUUCAUGAUUUGUUCGUCAGUCUCAUUCACACCAAUCAGCACCUUUCAUCCAUUCAAAAAUUUCAAUAUUUGAAAGCGGUACUGAAAGGAGAUGCACUUCGGUUGGUACAAUCGCUAGCUGUAACUGCAACAAACUAUGGUAUUGCUUGGGAUCUUUUGAAAAGAAGGUUCGACAAUCGGAACUUUCUAAUAAAGCAACAUUUUUCUGCUCUGCUUUCCACUCCAUCGUUGAAGAAGGAAUCCUCAUCUGCACUUUCGGAUCUUGUUGAUACGUUUGAAAAGCACAUUGGCGUGCUUGAUAAGCUAGAAGAGACGAGGGAACACUGGAACUCUUUUUUGGUGGAACUUCUCAGUAGCAAGCUAGAUCAUACGUCAUUGAAAGAGUGGGAGAAUCAGUUGGUCGAAGAUGAAAGGCCAAAAUACAAAGAAUUAGUGUCAUUCAUCCAGAAACGGUCCCGAGUGCUACAAACCAUAACACUUUCUCAUACAUCGAUCGCUAAUAGUAAGACAGAUCUUCGCAUUCAUCGAGUGAAUGUUUCUUCUCAUUCCGCAAUUACAAGUGCGAAUGUAAAAAAUUGUGUGGUUUGUCGUAAAGAUACUCAUUCAACUUCGUCAUGUGAUGAAUUCCUAAAAUUACAACCGAAACAACGCUUCAGUAUAGCUAAAAGGCAUGGUCUGUGCUUGAACUGUUUGAGGUCUUCGCAUUUGGUGAAAGACUGCCCUUCUAGCUCUUGUCGGACAUGCAACAAGCGCCAUCACACAUUGUUGCAUAUAAACACUUCCAACACAUUGGCUGUUCAGGUUGGUGAACUAUCGGAAGCACAUAACCAACCAUUAUUUGCUUCACAAUCGGCCACGGUCGUCGAGUCGUCUUCGUCGGUUGGUGCGUGCAUUGUCGAUCAAUCGCACGUGGUCCCUCGGGUAAUGGGAACGUCGUCGGGAGGCCAAGGUUAUUCGUUAAGGAACGUGUCGCCGUCUCCAGUUGUACCGUCAGGGCCAGCUCAAGGAUUGGUGACAAGCUGCGCUGCUAUCACUCCUCCCACAUUCACUACAAACACGAAUACAACGAUUUUCAUGCUCACGGCCUAUGUUCGGGUUCGUGACAUUGAUGGAACCUACUCAUAUGCUCGAGCUCUGUUAGACUCUGCAUCCGAGCGUAAUUUUGUGACCGAAAAUCUCGCGCAACGACUGCGCCUCAAACGAGAAAGAGCAGAUGUCGACGUGUACGGAAUAGGAAACAGCGUACAACGUGUAACACAUUUGGUUUCGGUCAGUUUAUCGUCACGAGUAGGAACUUUCAACGCCAAUAUAGACUUUCUAGUACUACCCAGCUUGACUAGAAUUUUGCCGUCAACAACAGUCGAUGUUUCGAAUUGGAUAAUUCCUCGAAGCCUACCACUCGCCGACCCGAAGUUUAACAUCGCUCAUGGUAUUGACAUGAUCAUUGGCGUGCAAUGGUUUUUCACGCUAUUGGAAAACGAACAAAUUUCUUUGGGUCCUCAGCUACCAAUACUACGCAAAACAGUAUUUGGGUAUGCUGUUGCAGGCGAUCACGCAAACCAAUCGCCAGUUAAAAUAACUGUUUGCAACGCAGCGAUCACUAUCGAUAAUCUCGCUGCUGCAGUACAGAAAUUUUGGGAGACCGAAAGUUGA